GAGUACAUUGUCAGUCGUGAGCGCGAUUUCGUCGCGCCACGCACAUUACAAAUUAAAAUCAUCUAAAUCGUAAAUAUUUAUUAAAUUAACUUAAUAAUAAUACGAAAAAUAUUAUUCAAUUAAUUGUAAAAUAAAUAUAUUAAUAAUCAAUUUGAAAAUUUAAUAAAAGCUUUCUUUUUCUUUUUCAAAUUAUCCGAAUUUUCUUUGAAUUUUUUUUGUUUUUUAUUAUUAUAAUAAAUUAAUAAUAAUAGUUUUUCUUUUCUGAUAAUAUUUUCAUUAGAUUGUGCUGAUAAAGUGACUAAAUUUAACCAGAUAAUUUCAUUUUUUAAUUGCAAAAUUAAUAAUCAUAAAAAUUAUCAAAGUAAUAAAUUUUAAAAUAAUAAUUUCGAAUACAUUUUUUUGUGCGGUUUUUAUUUUAAUUUAAAUAAUCUGUGUUUGAUUAGCCUCGAGUGAGAUAAAUUAAGAAAAAAAGAGACAAAUAGCUCUUGGAUUUGCAUGACAUUAAUAUCAUUGAAUGAGUCAAGAUGACAAGCAAUUCAUGGAGGAUCUUGGUGAUCCUAAGUGUCUUCAAUAUGUCGACAAUGAUUGAUGCCAUGACAACUGAGUCUUUGAUAAUAAAUUCAACCAGUUCAAGUACAACAGUACCAUCAACAACUCUUCGCUAUACUCUCCCUGAUAGAUGCCUUGUUAAAACUGAUGAGGGACCAUGUAAACACUGGAUUCAUAAAUGGUCAUUCAACAAAACAUCAGGAAAAUGUAUAACAUUUGCUUAUGGUGGUUGUUUGGGUAAUGAAAAUAGAUUUCAUUCACAACAAGAGUGUCUUCAUUAUUGCGUUGGUGGACCAAAUAAUACAUUACCACCUUAUAUGGUGACAAAAGGAAGUGUUUUUGUAACAACAAGUACAACAACAACAAGUAGACCUUCAACAACAACACCAAGUACUCCAUUACCAACAUUUUUUCCACCUGAACCAACAAGAAAACCAGUUCCAAAACAUAAACGUGGAAAAGAAUUGACAUUUAUGGAAUCUGGACAUGAUAAGACAUUUAUGUUUGCACAAAGUAAUACAUUUAUUCAGCUAGAUGGUCCUGGAAUUAAAACUUUUCAGUUAAGAUUAUGCAGAGAAAUAUCAUUUCAAUUUCGUACAAAAUUACCACAUGGUCUUUUGGUUUAUCACAGCGUAAAAGAUCGUCCAGAAAGUCUUGAUCCUUAUGCACUUUAUGUUAUUGUAGAAAAAGGACAGCUAAAAGUUGUUCAUGUAUUUGGUAAACAAUCAACAAGUUUAACUGUUGGUGAAGGAUUAAAUCGUGAUGAAUGGCACAGUGUUUUAGUUCGUAUUGAUGUACAUGGUGCUAAAUUAAUUGCUCGUGUUAAUGACAAACAAGAAGAAACAACACUUGAGGUACUUGAACGAGUUGUUAAUUAUGGAGUAUCAGAAGAGCUUGCAUCUGUUGUUUUAAUUGGAGGGCUAAGCUCAGAAGAAAAAUUACACGGUGUUAAAUAUAUUAUUGAAUCAUUUGUUGGUUGUAUAAGAGACAUGGUUUUAAGUUCUGGUAAAUCAGCAAGUGAUUUAUUACCAAUUCAACCAUUAAUUGCAACAAAACAUGAAAAUGUCAAGGAAGGAUGUAUUGACAAAUGUUGGACCAGAGAAAACAUGUGUUUUAUUGGUAGUCAAUGUGUAAAUCAUUACAACAGUUUGACGUGUGAUUGUUUUGGUACCAGAUAUGAAGGAGAACGUUGUGAUGUAUACACUGCAACUGUUUUAACACUUAGAGGCUCUUCAUAUGUAUCAUUCAGAGUAUACGACUGGAAAGAUCGUGUUCAUUCAUCAGUCAACAGAAUAAGUUUAAUGUUCAAGACACGAUGGGAUGAUUCAGUACUUUUUUAUGCAUCUGGAGUUAUAAAUGGAACUGAUCAUUAUAUUGCUGCUUCAAUAAUUGAAAAAAAAGUUCAUGUACAACUUGAUUUUGGUAAUGAUUCAAAAAUAAAAACAAUUCUUGGUAAUCAUGUAUCAUCAAAUAGCUGGAAUAAUUUAACAAUAUUUCACAAUGGUUCACAAGUAUUUGUUGGUCUAAAUGAUGAUGUUAAAGUAUUUGAAAUACCUGGUGUUAAUUCAUACAUGAUUAUUGAUCCAGAAAUUUAUAUUGGUGGUGGUCCAGAAUUACAAAAGAAAAAAGGACUUGUUUCUUUUAAUAAUUUUGCUGGUACAUUAAAGUAUGUUUUUUACAAUGAUAAAUCAAUUAUUUAUGAGCUUAAAAAAUCAAAUCCAAUGGUACAUUAUAUUGGUGUACUUGAGCCAGAAUAUUAUGAAGCUGAUGUUAAUGUUAUUCCAAUAACUUAUCCAUUUGCUGGUAGUCAUAUAUGGUGGCCAAUUGAAAAAACUCAUUCAUUAAUGUUAAAUUUUGAUUUUCAAAGUUCACAGCCAGUUGCUGUUGUUGCAUCUGGUGAUGUUAAAAGUGAUCAGGGUAUUGGCUACUGGGAGCUAAGAUUGAUAAAUGAUGAAAUUCGUUUUCAAUUAAUUCCAGUAUUGAGUGAAAAUAUAACAGUCAGUGCUUUUGUUAAAUUUCCACUUGAUAAUAAAACAAAAUGGCAUGCAGUUGAAUUAAAUUAUACUCGUGGUGAAUUAAAUAUAUUAGUUGAUCAUCGUCAUAAACAGGGUAAAUUAUUUGCCAUGACAUUUGAACUUGGUGAUAGAGUUAUACUUGGUGAUGGUGAAAGUGAUGCUGGUUUAGUUGGUUGUAUGAGAGAUAUCAAAAUAAAUGAUGAUAUUAUUGAACCAAGAUAUAUCAUAAAUACUGAAAGAGUUGUUGGUGAAGUUGCAUUGGAUAAUUGUCAAUUUGUUGAUCCUUGUACAAGACCAAAUACUUGUGAACAUGGUGGUAAAUGUUCAGUUAAAGAAAAUAAAAUUACUUGUGAUUGUACAGAUACUGGUUAUAUUGGAAAAAAUUGUCAUUUCACACAAUAUAGAAAAACAUGUGAAGAGCUGGCACUUCUUGGUUACACUCAAGAUGAUUUAUAUAAAAUUGAUAUUGAUGGAAAUGGAAGAUUUCCACCGGCACUUGUUAAAUGUGAAUUUCAAUCAAUUGAAGAUGCAACUAAAACAAUUGUCGAGCAUAAUUUACCAUCACAAGUUGAUGUCAGAUCAAUUGCUGAAGAAGAUUUUUCAUUUAACAUAACAUAUCGUGAAUUUACUGGUGAAAUGUUACAAGAAUUAAUAUCACAUUCAUUGUACUGUAGUCAAUAUAUAAAAUAUGAUUGUUACAAAGCACCAUUAGAACUUAAUAGUGCAUCAUGGUUUCUUGGUUCAAAAGGAACAAUUAUUGAUUAUAUUGGAAAUGUUAAUCUUGGCUCUUGUCCAUGUGGAAAAAAUCAAACAUGUAUUAAUCCAGAUUUAAGUUGUAAUUGUGAUGUAUCAAUGGGUAAAUGGAUAUCAGAUGAGGGAUAUUAUGAAAGUCCAAAUUCACUUGGUGUUACAGGAAUGGUUUUUCUUCAACAAAAAGAUCUUGAAGCUGAUGCACAAGGUCGUAUAACACUUGGACCACUUGAAUGUGUUGAAACAAAUACACAAAAAUAUGUUGUUACAUUUACAACAUCACAAUCAUAUAUUGAAGUACCAGGAUGGCGUAAAGGUGAUAUUGCAUUUAGUUUUCGUACAACUGGUGAAAAAGCAAUAUUAUUAUAUCAACCACCAAUUAGAAAUAAUUAUCCAUCAUUUAUGGUUGCAUUAACAUCUGAUUAUCGUUUGACAUUUAAUUUUACAUUAAAUACAGGAACAAAUCGUGAACUUGAAGUUAAAAGUCGUAGAAAAUUAAAUAAUGGUGAAUGGCAAAAAAUUUGGAUUGAUUAUAAUGAUUAUCAUGUUAGAUUUAUGAUUAAUACUGAUUUUCAAAUGGUUGAUUUACUUGCUGAAGAAGAAUUUGGUCCAUUUGAAGGUUCAAUGUUUAUUGGUGGUGCAACUGCUGAACAUUUAAAAACAUCAGAAGUUAGACAAGGUCUUAUUGGUUGUUUCCGUGGUUUAGUUGUUAAUGGUGAAAUUUUAGAUAUACACAGUUAUAUGUCUGUUCAUUUAUCAGAAAUAAUAAAAGAUUGUAAACCAUCUUGUCAACCAAAUAAAUGUCAAAAUGGUGCAAGAUGUGUAGAAUUAUGGAGUAAUUUUGAGUGUGUUUGUGAAAAUCGUUGGGCACAUCAAGGAACAUAUUGUGAAACAAAUAUCAACAGCAAAGCAUUGACGUUUACACUUCCUGGUGCAUUUUUGAAGAAGAAUUAUUUUGCAACUGGUGAUGUCGAGGAGAAGCUACUACUGAAGAGCAUGCUGUUGAAGAACAUACUGAUAAAUUUGAGGACUUAUGAUACCCAUUCAUUGAUUCUAUAUGCAAAUGAUCAUCUAAACAACUUUGUACAUCUAUACAUAUCAAAUGGAACGAGCAUCGUGUAUCUAUUCAAUGCUGGCAACGAGAUUAAGAACAUCACCGUCCAGUAUCCAGGUGUCAAUACUGGUAUAUCAGUACAAAUUGCAAUUGUCAGAACAGAUAAUACAACAACCCUACAUGUUAAUAAUCAUAAUAUAACACAAGAUGUUGUGCCAAUAUUAUUGGAUUCAUAUUCAAAUAAACCAUGGAUUAAUCCAGAAAAAGAAGUACUUGCACCACAACGUCCACCAGCACCACCAAUGGAUUAUUUUCAAAUAAAUAUUGGUGGUUUUGAUCCAACAAAUUUAAUACGUAUGGGAAUUGAAGGACAACUUAUACAAGGAUAUGUUGGUUGUAUACGAGGUCUUAUGAUUGGUGAAUAUCUUGUUGAUUUACCAAAUUUAGCAAGUGAAGCUAAUCAUGAAGGAAGCAAGGGUGUACUACCAAAUUGUCAACGUAAAUGUGAUGGAGUACCAUGUAAAAAUCAAGGAAUAUGUACUGAAGAUUUUGGUAAACAAGAAUCAUCAUGUAAUUGUCAAUUAACAUCAUAUUUUGGUGAAUAUUGUACAGAUGAUAAAGGUGCUGAUUUUAGUGGUGAAAGUGUAUUACAAAGAGAUUUUGUACUUGAUGGUCCAGUUAAACAAAUUAAAGUACAAUUAGCAUUUUCAACAAAUGAUUUAAGACAAAGAACAUCAGUAUUAUUAUUAUUACAAACUGAAAAUAAAAGAAGUUAUUAUUUAUUAGUUGCUUUAACAUCAGAGGGACAAUUAAUAUUUGAAGAAGAUCGUGAAGGUUCAGCAUAUGGUGUACGUUUAAAUGAUAGAAAUUUUUUAAAUGGUGCUAGACAUAGUAUUUAUUAUGUUAGAGAUAAUAAUACAUCGUCAUUGUUGAUUGAUCGUGAUCCAGUACAAUUAUUACCAAUUCCUGUAUUAAAUGUUGGUGAUGAUGAUAGCCAUGCAGGUUUAGGUACAAUACCAGGUGCUACAGAGAUACAACUUGGUGGUCUUAAUACGACUGAUCAAAGAUUUAGUGCUUACAAAGGAUACACUGGUUGUCUUAGCAAUGUUGUUGUGUCUAUUAAUGGAGGAGCAAUGAUGAAACCAUUGGAGGAGUAUAUGUUGUUUACAAAAAAAGGCAGUGAAACAGUUAGAGCAACUAUACCAGCUGGUGUUAGAAGUGCUCAGUGUGCUGUUUUCCAUGCACAACCACGUGGACCAGAACCACCAAGAAAUGACAGUGUUGGUCGUGAUAGAGCAUGGGUUGAAGAUCCACCAGCAAGAGUACUUUAUAAAUCACAAUACAAUGAUGAAACACAAGAAGAAACACAUGCUGGUACUUAUAUAUUUAUUGGAGUAUGUUGUGUAUUUGCAAUUAUUAUAUUUUGUUGUACAUGUGAACUUGUGAGAAGUUCAAGAAGUAAACGUAAACGUAGAAAUACUCGUAAUAAUACAAAUGCAAAUGCUACAACACUUCAAAAUACAUCACCACGUUGGCAAUCUGGUACAUUUACUAAUUCUGUUAUUGGACCAUCAUCUGGUAAAUCAGUAGGAUUUAAAACAAAUGUUGAUGAUGAAAAAAGACCAAAUGGUGGCACUCAUGUUAAACCACCAAAAAUUCCUGAAACCAAUAAUGAACAAAUUACUAAUGAUAAAAAAGUUCAUAUCAAAGAUGAUGAACCUGAAAAAAAGGAGCUCCUUGGGGUAAAUAAUGGAAACGCAUCUAAAUCUGCAAGACUGAAUCCAUUUUCAAUGGAAGAUUUAACUGAAGAGCCAGAACUUGAAGAACGUGAACAAGCUGAUGAAGAAGAAGAAGAAGAAGAAAUUGAUGAUGAUGUUAAUAAUCGAGAAGCUGAAAUACUUGUCAAACCAUCACCGGUAAGAAAUCAUCAUCAGCCAAUUGAUAGACGUGAAUUACGUGUUAUAUCACCUUCGGGAAUGCGUUUAUUGGAAACAAAUUUUUCUGUAACUGGUCUCAAUGAAAUAAGGACAAAUGAAUUUAUAAUAAAUGAUAAUCAUAAUCAUCAUCAUCAUCAUCAUCAUUAUCAUGAUAAUAACAGUGGUCGAAUUAAUAAUAAUAACAAUGAAUUAAAACGACCACUGAGUAUGAACAUUAGUGGAUCUUUGAUGCAACAUAAUCCACGUCCAGAAAGUAUUCACGGUGAAAUAUAUCCAGCAAGAAUACUUGAUGUACCAAAAAAUUAAUGAUCCACAUAAUGAUUUCAAAUAAUUAUUAUUACUAUUAUAACGCAUAAUUUUAUAAUCAUUUAUAAUUAAAUUAAGUAUUUUAAAAAUAAGAGAUUCAUAUUUCAAAUAUUUUCUUGACUAAAACAAUUUUAUGACAUUUCAUUUGAAAUAUGAAAAAAACUCUUUAUUUUAUUUAUGCAGUAUGUUAUUAAAUUAGUCACAGCAAUUUUUUUUUUUUUUUUAAUCAAUUUAUUUACGCUUUAUUAUUAAAUAUAUGUCAUUAUUUUAAUUUUUUUUUAUUUUUAUUUACAAGCUUUAUGGUGGCCUGUACUGACAUCAUCAGUCACAUUCAUUAAAAUUUAAUUUUUAUGUUGAGCAAUACUUGCAAUUUUUCUGUUUUUUUUAUUAUUUUUUUUUUUUUUUCUGUAAAUGAAAUUUACAGAUACAAAUUGACAGGAGUCAAUCUAAGACAAGUGUUGAGGAAAAUGUAAUACC